AGGCAUUAAAUUGUAAUGAAGAUGAAAAAUAUAAAUCAGAAUGAAGCUAUUCAUCUAAAAUUGUGCUUUUGUGCUCUUUUCUUUGUGACAGAUGAAUCCAAACCCAAACCAAAGUCAUUUGCUGCACCGAUGACAGUGCCAAAGAUACCCGAGGGAGAUAAAGUUGACUUUGAUGACAUCAACAGGAAGCGUCACGAGAAAGAUCUGUCUGAGCUGCAAGCCCUGAUUGAGGCCCACUUCAUUCAGAGAAAGAAGGACGAGGAGGAGCUCAUCGCUCUCGUUAACAGGAUUGAGAAGCGUCGUGCUGAGAGGGCUGAACAGCAGAGGAUCCGAACUGAGCAGGAGAAGGAGAGGCAGGCUCGUCUCGCUGAAGAAAAGGAGAGGAAGGAGCAGGAGGAGGCGCGUAAGAAGCAGGAUGAGGACGCCAAGAAGAAGAAGGCUCUCACAAACAUGACUCAGCAGUAUUGUGGCGUCCAGCAGAGGCAAGAUGGAAAGCGAGGAGCGAAGAAGCAGACGGAGAGAGAGAAGAAAAAGAAGAUCCUGGCGGAGAGGAGGAAACCUCUCAACAUCGACCACCUGGGCGAGGACAAAGUCAAGGAGAAGGCCAACGAGCUGUGGCAGUGGCUGAUGACGCUGGAGGCUGAGAAGUUCGACCUCAGCGAGAGACUGAAGAGACAGAAAUAUGAUAUAAAUGUACUCCAGACUCGAAUCAAUGAGCAGCAGAAGUUCGCCAAAGGAAGAGGCAAGGGCAAGGGCCGGCUGAGAUAGACAGAAACAUGGACAGAACUUCUCACAGGAGGCGUCUGAACACGAGCAGCAGUGUUGAAGACAUCGAUCUACACUUUAACAAAGACGCAGCGCUGUCUUUGUUAAAGCUGCCACAAGUUGUAGACAUAAAUAAAGAGUUGUGCUUUUGUGCCACGA